AUGCUGAGCAACACCAACACUUUCGUAAGAAAGUUGGCUCAUAAUGAUGCUGCUGUCAGACUGGCAGCUUUUCAGGCUCUCAAAAAUUUUCUCAAACAUAAGGAGUCAAAGGGCCUUGACCUAGUUGAGUUCGAGAAGCUCUGGAAAGGUCUCUACUUCUCCAUGUGGUACUGUGACAAGCCAAUUCCCCAGCAGGGAUUAGCUGGUAACAUUGGAAAACUUUACAGCGAGGUGAUUCCAGAAGAGAAUUUAAAGGACUUUCAUGAGGCAUUUUGGCUAGUCAUUUCUAAGGAAUGGCCAACUAUCGAUAAGUGGAGAAUCGAUAAGUACUUGAUGUUGAUUAGAAGAGUGAUUAGACACCAGCUUUUCCGUUUAGAGGCAUCUGAAUGGCAAGAAGAGCAACUAGAUAACUUCUUAUCUGUCUUGCACGCUCUUCCUUUGAGCGAUGAUCCUAAAAUGCCAAAGGCUCUUUCUUACCAUAUCGUCGAUCUCUUCCUCGAUGAGAUUGAGUAUGUUAUAUUUAAAGACUUCAGAGACUAUAAUGAAGAAGCCGAGGAAGAUGAUGAGGAAGAUGAUGAGGAAGAUGAGGAAGAGAAAGAAGAGGAGGCUGAGGACAAGAAGGACUCCAAAGAAGCAGCCGAUGAUGACGUGGCUGAGAAGAAGAAGGCUAUUCUUGCUAAAACUCCAAUCAAGAAAAUGUUGGUUCCUUUCGAGAGUACCGCCAAAGAGGCUAAAUUCAAGCCUUUAAGAGAGAAGUGUAAAGAGCUUCUCGCUGAUGAGAGGUUGCAAGAAUGGAGCGUAGUAGAGAAGGAGACGUCUAAUGACUCCGACGACGAAGAGUGGACCGGAUUUUGA